ACAGAGCCAAUUCACAUUUUAUAAUAUGGGCCCGCAGCUGCAGGAUGAGUGAUUUAAACAAACUACACCGGGGAGCUGAAAGUGCUUAUGACAGCUGUUUUAAUACAGAAAUAUUUACAGUACACUACAGAGGAGCAGAAUUGAUCGGUGGCUCCGUCCAUUCACUCUCCUAACCGCCCCCGUUUCAUCAAAAUUGGCGUGACCUAUCGUUGCUGGCGUCACGGAGGAGCGCGGAGCGCAGAGGGUUCCCCGCCCCAGAGGGUAUAAAUACAGGGAGAGGGCUCACCGGCAGAAAUCACCUUUCACUCCUUCACAUCCUCUCUGCUGGAGGACGCAGGCUCACAGGAUCUCUGACACCAUGAAGGGUUUGAGGAGCAUCACAUUAACGUAUGUACUCACCCUUUUACUACUGGCGUCGUUUAUCUCACAGUCGUGGAGCGCACCGAAGGGCUCUUUCCAACGGAGAAACUGGACCCCACAGGCUAUGCUGUACCUCAAGGGAACUCAGGGCCGCAGGUUCAUCUCAGAGGACCGAAAAGAAGGAGAUGUCUAUGACACAUUACACUUAGAGACCCGUAGUCAGAACACAGAGAAGCUGAGUGUGGAUCAGGCUGCCACCGUCCUGCUCAACUUCCUGCAGCAAGCCAGGGAGGGAGCUGAUGAAAACCCGGAUGACAUGUAUUUCCAGGAGCUGCCGGUGUGGAAGAGAGAAUAUUUCUGAUAGUGUUUCAUACAUUUGUAAAUCUGCCACACAACAUCAUCUAUGUUUUUGAAUGUAAGGCAUUGGGUUCUGUAUGAGGGAGAACAGCUGUUUUGUAAAUAUGAAUUCUCUGGCUAUGUUUGAAAUGUGAUGUUUUCAUAAAAAGAAUUUGA